AUGACGGAAGCGUCUGCUGGAGGCUUGUAUCAAUGUAUCACAGACAUUGCUCGUGCUGAUACCAGCGGAGACUACCAAAAAGCUCUGCAAGCCGCGAAUAAGAUUAUUCGUAAGCAUCCGAAGGAAACUUUUGCUUUCAAAUGCAAGCUCAUUGCUUUGAUCCAAUUGUCCAUGUACGAAGAUGCGCUCGGCCUUAUCAAAAAGGUUCCAGCGCAUCAAAUGGGAGAUGUGUCAUUCGAAAAAGGAUACAUUUGCUAUCGACAAGGAGAUUUAGAUCAAGCUUUGAAGGAGCUCUCUACGGCAAAGUCCGAUGAUUUCCGCGUUCUUGAGCUCAAAGCGCAAAUUUACUACAAACAAGAAAAGUUCCAAGAAGCUUUCGAUAUUUUCCGUCAUCUUCUCAAGAAUUAUUCGGAUGAUUCGGACGAGCUGCGCCGUGCCAAUUAUCUUGCUGUUCAAGCUCGUUUGGAAGCCCAAGGAACCAAACAACAACUCGAUGAUGAAGCUGAAGAUUCGUAUUCACAGCUCUAUAAUCGUGCUUGUGUUCAAAUUGAAGCUGAAAAACUACCACAAGCUCUUGCUUCGUUGGAAAAGGCCCUCGUGAAUUGCCGUCAAACUCUUUCCGACGAAGAUCGUGAGGAAGAUGAAAUUGAAGAAGAGCUUGAUUCCAUUCGAGUACAGAAAGCCUACGUUCUCCAAAGAAUGGGCAGGAACGCCGAAGCAUUGGAGAUUUACGAGAAAGUACAAUCCUCAAACCAUUCCGAUGAGAGCGUUCGCGCAACUAUCACUAACAACAUUCCGGCAGCAUCUUCCGACUUCGGAAUGGCCGAAUCUCGAAAAAAAUUCAAGGCUGCACUCCAGAUCGAUCAAAGCAAGCUGACUCGUCGCCAACGUCGUACUCUUAUGCUUAACAACGCCCUCGUUCUGCUUCUUUCCAAUCAACGUGAGCCUUGUAAACGAGCUCUCGAAGAGCUUGUCGAGAAGUACGGAACUGCUAAGGAAGUGUCGCUCAUAGAAGCUGCUCUUUAUGUUCGAUUGAAUGAUACCGAGAAGGCGCUUCAAGUUCUGAAGGGUGACGAUAUUGAGAAUCAGUUGACUCGUCUUCAUAUCCUUUUGAAUGCGUCCAAACUAUCCGAAGCCGUUGAAGCCAUUGAGAAGAAAUUCCCGGAGAAAGUUCGGAAGGAGCUCGGACCGUCGAGUUUGCUUACUAGCACUCUUAUCGCAUUGGAUAAAAAGGACGAUGCUUUGAAGGAGUUGAAUGCUUCAAUUGCAAAAGCGAAAAACGUUGAAUCGAAAAAGGCGAUUCUCGAAUGUGCGGCUGAGUUAGAAUUUCUACGCGGAAAUGAGGCUGAAGCUGCGAAACAUCUCGAGAAACUGGCUGACAUACUUCCGGAAGAUGUUCAAGUUCAGUGCAAGUUAAUCAAUGUGUACUCGAAGACUGAUCCGAAGAAGGCCGAGCUGCUGAGCAACAAGAUCUUCCCCGACGAUGGUGAUUCGAAUUUAAACGUUGACGAGCUCGAAGAUAGCGAUUGGAUUCUCUACGGCGAGAAAUACCGCCAAAAGAAAGAGGCCAAGGGAGAAGCGGCGAUCGAUGCGGAUAAUGAGAUUAUCACGCGUAAGCUCAAGAAUAAAAGGAGAAAGAGAAAGAUUCGUUUGCCGAAGAACUACAAUCCGAAUGUGCCUCCAGAUCCGGAGCGUUGGCUUCCACGCCAGGAGAGAAGCACCUACAAGAAGAAGAGGAAGAAUCGCGAGAGAGAAAUCGGAAGAGGAACGCAGGGAUCAUCGUCAGCGAAUCCCAAUGUGGAAUAUAUGGCGGCAUCGCCAAAUUCGCCAAGACCACUCCCAGGACCGGUUGCCGAAGGCCCACGUCAACAGCGUCCGAACUUCCAGAAGCAGAAAAAGAAGAAGUCGUCGAAAUUCUAG